ACAAAGAAGAGAUUGCUCCUUCCUGUUUAUUUAUGGAACUUUCUGGAAGCUUCCUGUCAACUUGCAGUUUUUCUAAGGGGGCCCACAAACACCUUCACCUCAGCAGAGGCAGUACCUUCCCACAGCAGCUCAUCCAGUUUGCAGCUUUACCAGCACUUGGAGAGCCAGCUUCAUUGUAUCUCCCCGCCCUGCCCCGCCCAAGGCAUCAGUGCCAGCUGGACACUUCGCUUCCUCAGGUCACAGUAGGACCAUGGAUCUGUUUGGAGACAUAGAUGACAUUUCUUCAGAGAGCGAUGGGGACAGUGAACAAUCGAUUCCAGGGCAGCCUGCUGAUGAACGUGGAGUGCCUCAGGACCAACAGGAGGAAGAGCGGAUUUCUGAAACCAGAAUAGAAGUAGAAAUCCCCAAUAUCAACUCUGAUUUAGGAAAUGAAUUGUACUUUGUUAAACUACCUAAAUUUCUCAGCAUAGAACCCAAACCUUUCGAUCCUCAGUAUUACGAAGAUGAAUUUGAAGGUGAGAAAGUGCUUGACGAGGAAGAUAGAACCAGGUUAAGAUUAAAGGUAGAAAAUACGAUAAGAUGGAGGAAACGCCGGGACGAGGAAGGAAAUGAAAUUAAGGAAAGCAACGCUCGGGUGGUCAAGUGGUCAGAUGGGAGCCUCUCCCUGCAUCUAGGCAGUGAAGUGUUUGAUGUCUACAAAGCCCCAGUGCAGGGCAACCACAACCACCUGUUCGUUCGAGAAGACACUGGUCUACGGGGACAAGCUGUGUUUAAAUCCAAGCUCACCUUUAGACCUCACUCUACAGACUGUGCCACACACAGGAAGAUGACCCUGCCGCUUGAGAAGAGAUGCUCGAAGACCCAGAGGAUUAGAAUCUUACCAAUGGCUGGCCGUGACCCUGAAUGCCAGCGCACAGAGAUGAUUAAAAAAGAAGAACGAUUGAGGGCUUCUACUCAUGAGACAAUCCACCUGUGGGAGAAGCAGAACCAGCAGGGGCUGAGUGUCCCCUGCCAGGACCCCAGCAGUGCCUGUGAGGAGGAGGAGGAAGGCGCUGAAGCCAUUAAAAACCAUUACCAAGGGGAGCUCCAAGAAGAUGAGGCCUCCGGAAAGAGGAAAGUAGGGGGUGAAGAGGAAGAAAGUGACUAAAGUAUAAAACGUGCCCUCAAGUAUACAUUGU